AUGCCAGCAAAUUCAGUCGACAAAGCUGCUCGCCAUUCUUCAUGUUUCUACAGACGGAUGAUGUUGGCAUUGCUUGUGUGCGCCCUCUGCCUCCUCACGGGCGCGUCUGGGGAGGCCCUGCCCAGCCCAGGGUUUGACCUCCUCCUCCUGGUCAGGUCGUACCCCCCCGGCUUCUGUUCGCAUCAGCACUGCCACACCCCCGCCAGCUCCUCGUUCACCAUCCAUGGCCUGUGGCCCGAGUACAAGACCGGGGGCUGGCCCCAGUUCUGCGGGGCACACACGACCCACCAGGCCGCCGGGCCGCCCACCCCCGCCCAAAACUGCCUGUGGCCCAGCCUGAUCGGCCCCAGCCCCGGGUUCUGGGAGCACGAGUGGGCCAAGCACGGCACCUGCGCGGCUCCGCUGCUGGGCAACCGCACCGCCUUUGUGGCGACGGUGCUGGAGCUGCACGAAAAGUACAACCUGGACGUGGCGCUGGGGAACGCGGGGGUGCUGCCCUCCAGCAGUGGCGACUACGCCGCGGAGGACCUGCAGGAGGCGGUGCGGGCCGCCUACGGCGCCGCGCCGCUGCUCUCCUGCACCGCCGGCACGCUGGUGGAGGUGUGGAUGUGCCUGGACCUGGAGCUACGUGUCAUGGAUUGCCCGCCCGCGGUGCGGCCGGGCCCAAAAUGCGGCGCAGACGUGCGGCUGCCGCGCGGCGCCGAGGUGCCGCCCCGCUGCCGCCCUUUCUCCCCGCCCUGGGGAGCAGCGCUCCCCGGCGCACGCAAGGGAGGGGAUGGCGCACGCGACGGCGGCGGCGGCGGCGGCGACGGCGAUGACGGGGGUGAGCAGGGCGACCGGCCCUCCUGGCGCGUGGCCGCGGUCCUCCUCCUCGUCCUGGCCCUGGCCUACGUGGCCAUGUACGGGGUGCAGCGCCUGAUGGCGGAGCGGGUGGAGGCCGAGGAGCCCCUCCUCCUCGUCGGCCGCGGCUGGCAACAGGGGGGCCGGGCAGACCCCUGA